AGCGCCCGCCUCAUCGCUCGGCGUAAGGAAAACCCAUUUUCCAGGGCCCAGAUUUGCCCCUCCAUGGCGGAAUGAUGGAAAAAAAUCAACAGGACGAAAGGGGUGGCCUCGGGAUGAGGCAGAAGGCCACGGAGCACACUGAAUAUAAAGUGGAGGCGGAGGACCUGGUGAUGUUAGUGGAAAAAUUGCAGAAAGCAGGAACUUUGGAACCCAGAAUUGAAGACCUGAUAACCAAGAUUAAGGAUUUACAGCAAGUCAGGAAGAAUGCAAAUGAAGACCUCCUCAAGACCAGGGCCCAUAGUGAAGCACUGCAGAGAGAACUUGAUGACUUGAAUGCCGAGAAGGCUCACCUGGAGGAAAUUUUAAACCAAAAGCAAGAAACCCUGAUGAUGCUAAGAUUGCAGUGUGAAGAGAAACAAGCCGAAGCCGAGAGGCAACAGGAAGUCUCUCAGGGUUGCAAACAGAGAAUAGAAGACCUCACAUCCAAGAUCCAAGAGGAGAAACUGAAACAAAGGAAGCAGAGGAUGGAAUUUGAUCAGCAGCUGGAAGAGAUGAUGGAGAAGCACAAGAGCCUUUGGGAGUUCCACACUUCAGAAAGUCUGGCCAGAGAGAUUAGUAACAUUGAGGACAGCAAAAAACGCUUACUAAAUGAAGAGAAAGUAGUUCAGAAGAAAAUAGAAGACAUUGUGAAGCAGUUGGAAACACUCUCCCAGCCCGGGGCAGCAUUCAGCAGUGAAGGGCUCUUCUUAAGGAGUGACGAAGCCAUGGCUGCUGUGCACCUAUUUGAAGAAGAAAAUGAGAAAGCAACAGAGUUUCUGGAGGCGGCCUCCCGUCACCACCUUGAGUUGCAGCAGAAAUACCAGAGGUUGAAAACCGAACUGGAAAGUUAUGGGUUUAAGUCUGGCUCAGAGUGGAACCGUGUCAGGGAGGAAACACGAUCUACAACUGAAGGUGCCGGAAGAGGAGGAGAAUGAAGAGUUAUCCUUCCUGGAAAUGGCUUCAUAGAGUCCAGAAUUGUGGAAUCAGAGAAAUGGAUUGAAGGGCCUGGAAAGGGUGUUUCGGUUAGUCAAAAGAACUGCUGCUAGAAUCUAAACUAAGAGGCUGGCAUUGUUACAGUUUUUAGAUCAAUAAAGAAACAUUUAUUCUGUGC